AAGCCAUGCUUCGUGGCGGCAAGAGCAGUGGUUCCAUCCACAUCCUUUUCGCGAAUAUAAUCCAGGAAGAAAGUUAGGGUUCUUCAUAACUUAGGGUUUUGCUACGCGAGAAUGGCGACGCUGGCGGAUUCUUUUCUUGCCGAUCUCGACGAUCUCUCAGACAAUGAGGCGCCGGGCGAGGAAGAAGCUGGAGAGGACGACGAGCUGGGCAAAGAGGAUGUGGAGAUGCCCGACGUCGAGGUAAACUACGAUGAUCUUAACACGGUUGCGAAGCUCCAAAACACUCCGCGGUACCAUGACCUCAUGAAGAAAGUGGACGAGGCAAUCGAGUCUGGAGUUCCUGCUACCAUGGCCAAGCUCUCGGAAGAUGAUCCGGAGUACCAGCUGAUCGUGGAGUGUAACACUCUCUCGGUUGACAUCGACAACGAGAUAGGGGUGAUACACAACUACAUCAGAGAUAAGUACCGGCUAAAGUUCCCGGAGCUCGAGUCCCUGGUACAGCAUCCCAUUGACUAUGCUCGAGUCGUCAAGAGGAUUGGGAACGAGAUGGACCUCACCUUGGUGGAUCUCGAGGGAGUACUCCCAUCAGCGACGAUCAUGGUGGUUUCAGUCACGGCUUCUACGACCAACGGCAAGCCUCUAGCCGAAGAAGUCCUGCAAAAGACGCUGGAUGCCUGUGACCGGGCCCUGGACCUUGACGAGUCGAAGAAAAAGGUGCUGAAUUUCGUGGAGAGCAGGAUGGCCUUCAUCGCUCCAAACCUGUCGGCCAUACUGGGAAGCGCGGUGGCAGCAAAACUGAUGGGAACGGCCGGUGGUCUCUCAGCUCUAUCGAAGAUGCCGGCGUGCAACGUACAGAUCCUCGGCGUCAAGAAGAAGAACUCGGCAGGCUUCUCGUCGGCUACGCUCAAUCCUCACACCGGCUUCAUCUUCCACUCGGAGAUCGUCCAAGGCAGCCCGCCAUCGCUGAGAACUCGAGCUGCUCGUCUCGUGUCCGGCAAGUCGACGCUGGCGGCCCGUGUGGACGCUACAAUGGGGGAUCGUCUCGGGCAAACUGGACGGGCUUUUAGGGAGGAGAUACAAAAGAAGAUUGAGAAGUGGCAGGAGCCGCCUCCGCCAAAGCAGCCCAAGCCACUCCCGGUGCCCGACUCGGACCCAAAGAAGAAGCGAGGAGGGAGGCGAUUGAGGAAGAUGAAGGAGAGGUACGCGAUGACGGACAUGCGCAAGCUUGCCAACCGGAUGAGCUUUAACAUCCCGGAGGAGAGUUCACUGGGAGACGGGUUGGGUGAAGGCUAUGGGAUGCUCGGCCAGGCAGGGAGUGGCAAGCUGAGGAUAUCGGCUGGACCGAGCAAGCUUUCGACCAAAGUGAAGAAGUUUAAAGAGAAGAAGUAUGGGAGCAGUGGAGCUACGUCUGGUCUCACCUCUAGUUUAGCGUUCACGCCGGUUCAGGGUAUCGAGCUCUCGAAUCCAUCAGCGCAAGCUGCAUUGCUUGGAAGCGGUACCCAAUCAACGUACUUUUCGGAAACGGGGUCUUUCUCGAAAAUCAAGAAGAUCGUGUAGUAUGAGAAUUUGUAUGAAAUUUUUAGCAAGUUUUAGGGUUCAUGGUUUGAUUUAAAAA